GCGAAGGUAGCUCUCUGGGCUGCCCGUUGAGUUAAUGCUGGCUUUCUUGCCCUUUCCUUGAGGGUCUCGUGUUGUGGCUGUGAGUCACCAUCAGACACCCCUUCCCCUGGAUGUGCUUCAUUGACUAAAUGUGGCUUUGCUCCGCAGGGCUGUAGCGAGGAGUUUUUUUGAAGCUCUUGUUUUUCCUCCGCCCAGCUGGCGUCAGGCACCGAGGAUGCAGAGACAAGUGCUCCUGGUGAGGGGAGGGCUGGCAGUAGGAUUUCCCUUUGGGUUUGCAGCAUCCCUUGCUCUGCUGUAGAAGGGCUUGGUCCUGGAACUUGGGAGGCAGAGCCUGCAGGUGACCUCUGACUGGAUCGGACGUGCUUGCUUUAAAUGUCUCUUCCUCUCCUGUGCUCAGGUGUUGCAGGCUGGAAAAUCGGGUUAGGUAGGCGCUGUUGGAGGCUAAGGGUGCCUUCCUUCUGCUUUGAAAAACACAAAAGGAGAAAAACUGGUGAACUCAGAAUAGCCAUAAGAAGAGCAAGUGGGAAUUCUUUGGAAGAAGAGCAAGUGAGGAUCCUCUCUGCCCGUUGUGCUGGUCUCCAUGUGCUGUAAGAACAGACCCUUUGGAAAUCCAUCGGAACAGACGAUUUCUCUGGGUUUCUCAUCACUUUCAGAUCCAGACAGCAUCCCCUCACCUGACUGAGGGCCACUGCUGCCACCCUGGGCCACCGUCCUGGAGGCCAGCUCCCUCACCUGCUAAGCAGUCACUCGUCGUGAGGGCUCACAGACCGGUGCCAUCACUACUGAGGGAUCCUGUACAACGGGCGUUAUUACUUUUUUUUCCCUUAUCCUUAACUCGGCUCUGCAGCAUCGCACUAAAUAAGCGUGUGGCCGCCAGCUGCUCUUGUGCAGCCCCGCGCCUGUGGUUGGCUCGGGGAGGCAGGGCUUUCUACCCUUGCCGUGUGAGGGAUCGCCGUCGAGUGUGCGCUGGACUGUCCAACAAGUAAUUCCUGGCUAAACUCCUCCUGUCUCGUGCUAUCUCUCUCUGACUUACAGUGCUCCUAUCCCAGUCCUAUGGGCUGAAGGAGCACACGGGGCAGCGAGUGUAGCUGCUGUGUAGCAUGCACAAGUGUGCAGUGGGACUGGCACCCAGGGACACACGUGGGUGCACGCUCGGACGCCGCAGGGGCCAUGGCUUCAUUUGGGAAGCUGACGGAGUACUUCAGCCUGCGGAAGUCAAGGACGGAGCUGCGCUCCAGGUGGCAGGGCCGGCGGAGCGGGAGCUGUUGCUGUAGUGUCACAGAGUGCAGGUCUCUGGACAGAAAGCUGCAGCGACCACUCCUGGGAAAGUCCCGAACACUACCUAGCAUCCCGCAAUCCCCGGUUCUGAGCAGGCUUCCCCUCCUUGACUCCAAACCAUACGGGGAGGAGAUGCCGGAGCAGAAGCCCUACAGGAAGCACUUGGCCUCCGACUGCCAGAAAGGCUGCACGGUCCCUUCUACCGGGGAGGCCUGGCGGCUGGAGGACGACUGCAUGGACCCCCCCCAGGACCCUCAGCUCAGCACAGCAGUGGAGGAUGCCCCAUUCAGCUACUUUCGCACCCGCUCCUUCUACAUGAGGAAGAGCCUCUCAGUCGACAACCACCUGGGCUCCCUAAGCUAUGUCGUCCACCCGGCGGAGACAAAGGCCGAGCGCGUCAAGACCAAGCUGCGGCGGCAAUUUAGCCUGGGGUCGGCAGACAAAAAGGACUUUUAUCAGCCCAAGUCGGAAAGCAGCCUCUCUAGGUUUGCCCACCGCUUGUCAGUUAAGCAGAAGCAGGAGAAGAGAAGGAAAGCUGAGUAUGCCUCAGCCGAGCUGUCUGCCUUCCGGCCCAGGUCUCUGAGCAUUGAAUGGUCAUUGUCCCCUAAAAUGACGCAGCAGAUGCGGGACCUGCAGCUGGCGCAAGCCAGGAAGCCACCAGGCCCUUCCUCACCCAACGCGGCCAAGAGGCUCUACCGAAAUCUGUCAGGGAAAUUCCGUGUCAACUACACGUCCUUUGAUGAGGGCAGCCUGGCGGGAAGGGGUGAGAAGGAGAAGCUCCGCAAGUCCUACCUGUUCCAGAGCAAUGCUGCCCUUUUUGAGGCUGUGGAGCUGCAGGACCUAGACAGGGUCCAGGAGCUGCUGAAGCAGUACAGCCCUGAGGAGCUGGACCUCGACACCCCCAAUAGUGAAGGACUGCUGCCCUUGGACAUUGCCAUCAUGACCAACAACGCUCCCAUUGCUAAGGUCCUGCUGCAGGCGGGAGCGAAGGAGAGCCCACACUUUGUGAGCCUGGAGAGCCGCUCACUGCACCUCUCCACACUGGUGCGGGAAGCGGAGCAGCGUGUCAAUGAGCUGACGGCACAGGUGGUGAAUGAGGCACCCAACGCUGACUGCUCUGAGAAGGAGAAGCAGCUCAAGGCCUGGGAGUGGCGAUACCGGCUUUACAAGCGCAUGAAGGCAGGGUUUGAGCAUGCCCGAGUCCCAGAUGCACCCACCAAUGUUCAAGUCUCUGUGGCCAGCAGCUCCUCAGUGCAGGUGACCUUCUGGGAGCCCCUGAGCGUCAACUCAGCUGUUGUCACCAAGUACAAAGUGGAGUGGAGCUGCUCCCCGACCUUCUCGCCGCCGCUGGGGGAGGCUGUGAUUGACAGGCUGCAGAAGCUGCAUUUCACCAUCCAGGGGCUGGUGUCGGGCACGGCUUACUACGUUCAGGUGUCUGCCUACAACAUGAAGGGCUGGGGACCUCCGCAAGCCUCUGUGCCCCCUUUCGCCAUCCCCUCCAACUGGCGGGAGUACGAUGGCCGGGCUCCACGGCGAAGGGGACAAGCUGAAGCUCUGGACCAUCUGCUGGGCCAGGUGAAGACCAGCCAUCAGCACUGCGUUUGCCACGAGCCCUGCAAGAACCAGCCCCAGAGCAGGAAGCACUCGGUCUCCAAGAGCCUCAAGCACCUCUUCCACCCUGGCAGCAAGUUUCUCAAGACGCUGAAGCGGGGCCUCUACCUGACAGCCAUCUUCUACAAGGAUGACAACAUCCUGGUGACCCAUGAAGACCAGAUCCCCGUGGUGGAGAUUGAUGACACCUACUCUUGCCUGCUCAUGCAGGAUUUUCUCUGGUUCACCAAGGUGUCCUGCAUGUGGGACGAGAUCCUGUGGCUGCGGCAAUGUGUCACUGUCUCCCAGUCGUCCUGUUCCUGCAUCCUGCAGACACGCUUCAAGAUGCUGCUGGCCAUCUCGCAAAUGCAGGGGCUGCUGGGCAUCCAGGACCUGGGGCAGGUCUUCUUUGAGCCCAUCAAAGACAAACAGGGCAAUAUCCUCAUCGUCACCCUGAAGGAGGUGAAGACCAACCAGACUUUCGAGAGCGUCCGCUGGGUUCCCAUCUGCAAACUGCAGACCAGCCGCAAGUCCGUGUCCUCUCCAGAGGAGCCCACUGCUCUGGACAUGCUGCUGAUCUCCAUCCAGGACAAGCUGGAUUACCACCAGUGGAGCAGCCAUGCCCUCUCCCCGGGGCUCUACCUGGGCUAUUUGAAGCUCUGCAGCGCCGUGGAUCAGAUCCGAGUGCUGGUGCCAGAGACGCUCCCCAACAUUCUGUGCCACGUCAAGAUUCGCUCCAACCCCAACAUCUCCAGGGAGGAGUGGGAAUGGCUGCAGAAGAUGGCCAGUGCGGAGGAGCCUGUUCCUGCAGAGCCAGAGGCUGAGACUUCCCAGAACCAGCUGUUUCAGGAGCUCCAAGUGGCUGUCAAGGCGCUGAUGACUCUGGUCAACAUCCCAUUGCAAGAGGCCAAAGAUUUCCGUCUGUACAGCCAAGAGGUGCUGGACUUUGGGGGCCAGGUCUCCUUCUUGCUGCUGCUGCCUCCAUCAGAUGAUGUCUGCACUGCUCCAGGCCAGAACAACCCCUACACCCCUCGCUCUGGCUUCCUCACGCUGCCCCUGCAGAUCUUCGAGCUAGUCCACUUCUUCACGUAUGACCGGGAGUUCAUCACUCAGUACUGCCAGGUGUCCGCCCUCCUGGAGCUGGAGUCACUCCUCUCUCAGCAGAGCCUCAGGGAGGCCUUCUCCGAUGCUGAGCUCUCCACUGCCAAGCAGAGGCACCAGCAGGUUCAGGACUACAUCCAGGGAUGCUUCGUUUCUUAUUUUGGCAGCAAUGGAGGAUAUCUGGCGGGAGAUGCGUUGGAUUAUGGAUGCUCUGCAACACGCCCGGUACAAGCAGCCCACCUGCGGGUUUCUCUCAGUGGCUUCCUCAGUGAGGCCGGUGGGGUGAUGAAGGAGAAAACCCAAUCCACCUUCAUCCCACCUCGACUACCUUCCCUCUCCUGCACCCUCGCCAGAGACCAGCCAUAA